UCAUCGUCAGUCCAGAGCAACUCCAUCUUGGCACAGGCCCUUAGCAUUUCCGUCGCGCAAACUGUGACAACACGUAAUCAAGACACCUAUGUCACGGUAGCUGUGUUCCCGGACAUCGUACAGUGUCAUGACCACGAUGAUUUGGCCCCCAAACUGGAGAUUGAGACUUGGCGCAGCUUACAUGUGUUGUCAGGCCUCCUGAUGUACUUUACACACAAGCAGAGUUUUGCAGACCGCUGAUCUAGAGGAGCUAUGUCGCAGGGCCUGGCACAGGUGGUAUUUCAUUAUGUCCCACUUGCUCGCAGCUCGUCGCAACUCUAAGAACAGUGGAGGCUGGACAGCACUUUCGGACUACAGCACGCCACCACGCCAAACCCCACGAAAUGGCACAUGGACAACGAGUGAAUCUCAUCGGUAUCAAUCUGUAGGAGCCCAUGACUCGAGCAGUGUGCAUGCUGUCCCCACUACGCUCAAGCAUCGUGCCGCUGAACACGAAGCAUUACUAGACGCGCGCGCGACGAACGAAUCACGAACUCGAGACGACACGACGACUACGCAGCGAGUUAGCGAGGAAGAGCCUCAUUUACGAUAUGAUAAUAAUGUUGCAAAGCACUCAGCAAGCGAUUGGAGGCCUUACACCCUACGUCCCGCCUUUUUGGGAUCAAUUGCUUUCAUCUCGCUAGCCUUUGCGAUCACGCUGGCUGUCCUGUGCUGGUACUCUGUCAGAAACAAUGGCUUGCGGAAGGACACAGAUACAGCCGGACUCAUGGUUGCGAGGCGAUACCUACCCACCAUCCUUGCGGUGUUCUUCACUCAAGUGUUGGUCGUCAUAUGGAACGAUAUCAAGCGGACAGAGCCAUUCGCACGACUAGCAAAGUCUAACAGACCGGAUGUCAAAUACACCUUGCUGUUCACAUCAAGAGCCUGGUGGAGCAUGGUUCGUGAAGGCUGUGUGCGUGAGCGCAACUCUGGACAAAUCAACUGGGUGUUGGUAUUUUCCUCAUUGGCCACGGGUGUGAGUAUACUGGCAGUGUCGACCCUCUCGUCCUCUUUGCUUGCUUCAGAGCCAGUAGCACAUCGUUCUUUCGUGGAUAUGCAACAAUUCGACCCGGCGCCAAUUGCUUUGGAACCUCGGCGGCAAGUGUACUUCCAUACCACAAGCGGUUUUCUUUUCAAUGCAUCUACGUCGAUGUGGGUAUCUGAUGAUCUCGUCGUGUCCCCUUUCGGCACAAUUGACCAUCGUAGUCACCCUGACUUUCUCCCGGAGGGCACUUGGAGAAUGGAAACGAAGGUCCUACAAAUGGAGGCAUCGUGCAAGCGAAUGCAGUUUGAUGGAUUCGAAAUGGUCAAUCGUAGCAGAGUCAUGGAAGUAUAUCAUCCUCCUGGUGCUAUGGUGGCCUACAAUAGCCCGUCUUACAGUGGAUUCGAGAGAGGUUUCAGGAAUCGUAGCGCUUCGGGACCUGUUGAGGGAUUCUCUCUUCACUCCGAGGAUGGUUGUCACAUCCAAGUGCUUUCUACCAUAGGCUCGCGUGGAGAUCAUCGCAUUGUGUCCAAUGGAGGUCUUUUCUGGACGAACCUUUCUUCUACUUACGUAACAUACGAUCAAUGGGCUAAAGGGCGUGGGCUACCCGUCUUCUCGCGAGACAGAGAAUGGUCACCUGUAGACGCAGGUCUCAUGUUCGACUUUUCAGGCAACUGUGUCGGGCGCGAUCUGCUCAUGGUCACCACACCUUGGGGAAACAGCAGUUCUCGCAAGAUGCAGAAAGAGAACUUCAAAGUUCGAGCGGAGCUCUGUGCACCGCAAUACUUCGAAGUGAUGACGAACGUCACAGCAUCUGUAACACCUGAUGCGAGAGAGGUCACUCUAGAUCAGGACUACAUUCGUAACCAUCGCACCAUAAUAUCAAGCCGAAUCUUAAACACAGAGAGGAUCCAGGAGUUGACUUUUGGGCGCGACAAGCUGGGCUAUUUGAAACGAGCCAAAACACUGCUUGGCAAUUGGGCUUACGAAGGCUUGAGCGAAGCCCUGUCGUCAUUGUACUCGUUCGACAACCGAGUCAUGCUCGAGGAUAGUACUCUCACAGAUGAGGCGAUCAGACUCAACAAGCGGUUCUUCGGUGAACUCGUUCUUUCUGCUAUGACGGAACAACAACCUGAGAUUCUCAAAUCCUCCAAAGGCCAGAACACUCAAGUCGAACGCCGCAUCGUAGUUGUCAUAGGAACGUCCGCGACGUUGGCGGUCCUACUUCUUCUUUUCUCAUUCUACCUAUUGUAUCUCUACCUGGUAGAAUCAUCUCGCCGCCGGCCAUUGAACCUCAGCAAUGACCCAGCCACAACGUUUGGAUGUGGCGCUUAUCUGCAGCGAAAUCCCAUAAUUCAUCAACUAAUGAAGGUUGCACAGGCUCGCCAUAAACAGCAACGCCAGGCUGGGUUGUCGGAACCCAGACAAUAUCCAGGUAAUCAAGCAGAACAGAUCUCUGAAGCUAAGGUCAAAGGGAACAUUGCUAUAAAGAAGACAGGAGAUCGUGUCACAAAGACCUGGAAGCCUUCAAUCAUUCGGUCAUGGUCGAUGUUUGCUUUGCUCGCUUCAUUCAUUCUCAUUGCGGUUGCGGUACUAGUGCUGCAAAGUUUUGCUUCCAGGCAUCUACUUUACCGCUCUGCUUUUGUCUACCAGCUAGAUUUACGGGCAUUCAACGCGAGAUUUUCGCCCCAAUCUGUCCUUGCUACGUUGCUGGCAGUUGGGGUGUCGAUGUGGUGGGACGCAAUCGAUAAGACCUUACGCACCAUUCAGCCUUUCCUCUCUAUGUCAGAUUCUGCUAUCGACGUUCGCUAUGGGGCAGCAUUGUCUUACCAGGCUUCGUAUUGGUUUUGGGCGUCGGCAAGAGCUGCAACGAAUCGGCAUUGGCUGCUAUCAUUGGUCACUUUUGGAACAACCCUCUGCCAAAUUCUCAUCGUAUCGAUGGCGGCAAUCUUUGACCGCGGCCCCAGUAUUUCUACUACCGUGUCUCACGUCGAUAGUACCUACGCGACUCGUCAAUUGCCACUGACAUAUAACCACACUGUAAAAGUCGUCGAUACAUUGGAUAGUACCUAUGGCCGUCAAGCUUCGUUCCUCCAAGAUACCAUGCGCAUCACAACGGCAGAUUGGUUAUAUAGCGCUCUUGACCAGAUAACAUUGGACUAUCAGCAGCCACCCUGGAGCCGAGACGGCUGGAGCUUCACUCCUGUUGACUUAGAGAGCCUCCCAUCUACCCUCAAUUUCAGCACAUCGAGUGCUUCGAAAAUAUAUGACGAUACUAGUUCAUCGCCUGUCUCUCUAACCAACUCCACUCUUGUAACAUCAGCCUUACGCGCACAGCUGCAGUGUGAGAAGGUUGAGACAGAGAACCCUCCUUGGUUUGCGGAGAACGAAGUCGACUUAUUUCCAGGCGACAAUAGCACCGAAGCUAAGGACAUCAAAGACAGGCUUCGUCGCGCCGGUUAUAUCUUACCUCACACUAUCUUCAACGACUCUGCUCACGAGACCUCGAUCUUUUCAAGGACUUCGACAAUCCAAUGCUGCUCCAAUGAGACAGAUCCUGAGGGCCGCGCGGCUGUUGGCUACUGGUCCCAAAUGAACACAUCCUCAUGGUGGGGAUCUGAUGAAACAUUAGGUUACUCUGCCUGGGUUGACUAUGGUCCAGACACCUGGCCCCCGAAUUUUGCAGUCAAAUGGAUCACCGGAUCUACGACGACGACAAACGUUACAGCGUACACAAACGGUGCCGCGUCUGAUUACAAGAUCAUGCAGUUUAAAAAAGUGCCACCUAUGGCUUUUCUAAGUUGCAAACCUGUCAUAGAGAGAGCUGACGCAAGUGUUGUGCUGGCCCACGGAACAGGAAAGGUCCUUGAUUUCCAGAUCCUGAGUGAGCCCCAAGUGCAACUCGAUCCGUGGGCCGCACACUUCCGCCAUGCCAACGAGUCUAAUAAAAAGGAUACGAUCGCAACAGUCAGCUAUGGAAGCUACUUCCUCACUCAACUUCUGGGUGCCUCCAGCAUUGCACCAAUAGUCACAAACGUUGGCUACUAUCCCCCUUUCGACUUCGAAAAUCUAGAUGACGAUCGCUUCAACAUGCGAGACAAGGAGAAAGGUUACAAUAUGGACUUCAUGAGCUAUGCCAACCUGUACCAAGCCAACAUGGAUCCAUUGGUACUUUUGGACGCUGAUACAUUGAUGAAUUACAGUCAAAAUACCUUCCAGACGUUCUUCCAGCACUAUGCAAGCCAGACUAAGUGGCUUGAUGGUCAAUCAAUGGUGUAUGAACUUAAAACUGGAGACAAAGCCAAGGUGGAAGUGACGGUCACACAGCGUAUCGAGACCUUGAUCAUGAUUCCAUCAGCCACUUGGCUCUCUGUUGCCAUCAUUUUUGUCCUUGUAGCAAUACUUGGCAUACUGAUAGUGUCACUCAAGAUCGUCUAUCCACACGACAUCUUGCACAACAGCAUCGGAUGUCUAGCUGACAUGCUUGCUCUAAUUGAGGGUAGUGACGGACUGCUAUGGUUCUCAGAGAGACACGAUAUUCAAUCUCUGAGAGAAAGCGGCCUUCAUACGAAAUUAGGCUGGUUCAGGGACAGGAAUGGGACAGUCAGGUGGGGUGUUGAGCUCAUCGAUGCGCCUGGCAUCGAGUGGAUUGAACGGCCGGAAGCCUUCGAGAUGAAUCAGGUCAAAUAAUGCAGCUGAGCAGAUUCUUGGGAGAGCGUGAGUGGGAUGCGGGUAAAGACCAAUAUCCAUGGGUAAAUGUUCCAGAACACAGGCAUCUUCGAUCAUACAUAUUUUCAGUAGCUCAAAAAUAUUGCAUCCUUGCCACUUGCAGAUGCCCUACUGCCGGCUCCAGGGUUCUCUACCUAUUAGUCAGGUUGGACGGAGCAAUGCGCCAUUGUGGCUUAGCCUUUCGUCCUUCGAUUGUGCCGCGGCCAUCCCACGAUGUCAGAUGCAAGGAACAAGCUGAAAAUCAUGUUCGCGUUUCGCGUAUCGGUGCCAAGCUUUCAAAGAUCAUCUUCUGGACUUCACGAGGUCAGCGAGUGACUUGAAUGCUCUGGGACGUUGGUACAGUGACCGUCUAGAUAUUUCCAGUCGGAAGGAUAGUCUUUACA